AUGCGAAUAUUUAGGAAUAUAAGAUUCCAUUGACACAAAGAUUUAGACAUAAAGGAUAUGGGAAUAUAUAAACCUAAGAAUGCAAGGCUCAAUUAAACUUCCUUAAUUUCCAGAAACAUACAAACAGUACAAAUCACGUAGCACUAAGACUUAAGUAUAAUAGUGAUCUACAGAUCUAAUAAUAUAAAAGUCAAAGAAUGUAGGUGUACAAAGAAAAUAAUCAACAAAGGAGGUAGCAAAGUCUAUCACGCGUUACAAAGCCUCUAGUAAGGCCAUUUUCGCUUUCUCGAUUUUCGGUGUCGCAACUGCACACGCGGACCCUGAUGAGGCUCAAUGAAAGAGGAUCCAGGAGUAGUUGCAACGCGGCGUUACGAACCGGUGAGUUUGCUCAACGUCGCGAACAGAGAAGAAGAAUCAACCGAGGAAGGAGAAAAAGAGAGGGGCUUCUGCUUAUAUGAAAAAUUGCUGAACAGCGAGGGCCGCGAGUUGCGACGGGCUCUGUUCUCCCUCAAGCAGAUCUUUCAGGAGGACAAAGACCUGGUGCACGAGUUUGUACAAAAUGACGGGCUUGCCUGUCUCAUCAAGGUUGGCAGCGAGGCCGACCAGAAUUACCAAAAUUACAUACUACGAGCUCUCGGCCAGGUGAUGCUCUACGUGGAUGGUAUGAAUGGAGUGAUGGAACAUGGUCAGACCGUUCAGUGGUUGUACACAUUGAUAGCCAGCCGUUUUCGUCUGGUGGUGAAGACCGCGCUGAAGUUGCUGUUGGUGUUCGUCGAAUACGUGGAGACGAACAGUUUGCUGUUGGUCAGGGCCGUAAGAUCCGUGGAUACGUCCAGGGGCAUGAUACCAUGGACAAACGUGAUGAAGCUGUUGAAGGAUUACGAUGCCGCCGACACGGAGCUGCUGAUUUAUGCCACAACUCUGGUCAACAAGUGUUUGAACGGCAUACCAGAUCAGGAUACUUAUUACGACCAAGUGGACUGCUUGGAGGAGCAGGGGAUCGAGGGUAUCAUCCAAAGGUACAUGUCGAAACAAGGCACCGACCUGGAUCUACUCAGACAAUUCCAGAUUUAUGAGGCUGUGCUCCACCACGAAGACGGGAACGACAGGGGGUCGCCCAUUCGACAGCUCGAUGAUAACAUCAGGAAGACGUUGCGGAAUCGGAAGUCUCUGGUGGAUUCUCACGAGCGUCGAAAAUCCCGCAGACACUCGACGGGCACGUCUCCGUUGUCGAUGUCGUUGAACGCCCGGUUAAGUCCACGGCUCAACCACUCGUUGGGUCUAAGCUCCCUGAACAGCACCCUGAACUCGAGUUUGCCCGACGACGACGACGAGUCGAGUAGCUCUCAAAGUUCGCAGGGUCAUCUCGGCGAGGUUCAGUUGAACGGCAGCUACAAGGAGAACAAAGUGGACGUUGGCGUGACACCGGCGUUAAGACGUCGAAGAGAACGAGCCGAGAGACAGAGGAGCUUUAUCAGGGAGCAACAAGAGGCUACAGCGAACAUGAGGGCGUCGGUGGUUCCUUCGGACGAUCAGGAAAGUCCUUACGCGACGAACGGUUUGCGGUACACAAAUGGCACAUCCUAUGAAAGGAACGCGGACUCGCCGUCGAAUAAGUUGUCCAGGACGAACAGCAGAAAGGAUUUAACACCGCUGAUGAAUGCCGCGAACAAGCUUGACUCCGAAGAGAAGAAACCGUGGUACGGCAAGAGCCCGGACGAGGGUGUCGAGUGCGACGAGGGUAAUCACACCGACGAUGAUGAGGAUCGUCGAGUGGUUCUACAGUUGAAGAGGGAAGGAACCGUCAAGGAUCUCACACAAAAGCUGGCCGCUCAAAAUCUUAUACCGAGCAGUCCGGUUGAAGAGAAGGUUUCCAGGAUAGGGGAUAUGAGCGGUCUGAUCUCAAAGGCGAAGGAGGGUCUGGCAAAAUCAAAAUCGAAGGCGGACGUUCUGAAGUCCCCCACAGGCGACAACCUGCCUAAGCUGCAAGAAACGAAGAAGUCAGAGAACGAAUUGCAUUGGGAGGAGUUGGUUAAGAAGUUGAAGAGACCUCUGGCACUGUGCGACCUGGACUUCACCGAUCUGAACUCCGACGACGAGGUGGACGUUCUCGGCCCCGUGAACGUGACCAACGGCGUGCCGCCUCCUCCUCCGCCGAUGGUGCCACCCCCGGGUGGUAUUCGAGCUCCGCCGCCUCCACCCCUGGGUGCAAGGUUGCCGCCGCCCAUCCCGCAGGCUCCUCCACCUUUGUUCAGCGUGACCUUGAAGUCGCCGAGGUCUACGACCGCGAACGAUGGCAACUCGCCGAAAAGUCCGCCGCCGACCUUCACGAAGAAGAGCAAGAAGACGGUGAAGCUGUUCUGGAAAGAGGUCAGGGAUGAUCCUAUCAUACUGUCGAGACUCGACAAGAACAAGAUGAUAUGGGACGAGCUGUCGCCGGUACCUGUUGACACGCAGAAGCUCGAGCACUUGUUCGAGAGCCGUGCCAAGGAUCUCAUCACUAAGAAGCAGCAGGAGAUGAACAAGAACAAAGAGAUCAUCGUGCUGGACCAUAAACGAUCGAACGCUAUCAAUAUCGGGAUGACGAAAUUGCCUCCGCCGAGAUCAAUUAAGACCGCGAUCUUGAAAAUGGAUGCAACCAUUAUGAACAGAGAAGGUAUCGAGAAACUGUUGACGAUGCUGCCAACCGAGGAGGAGAGGUCCAGGAUACAAGAGGCGCAGGCCGCCAAUCCUGACCUACCUUUGGGAUCAGCUGAACAGUUCCUUUUAACUUUGGCUUCUAUCUCGGAGUUACCUGCCAGACUGAAACUGUGGGCUUUCAAACUCGACUUUGAAAAUUCAGAAAAGGAAAUUGCGGACCCUUUGAUGGAUCUGAAGCAGGGAAUGGAGACGCUGCGAGUGAAUAAAACGUUCCGCGGGAUUCUGAGCACGCUCCUUUCGAUCGGGAUAUUCCUCAACGGAAAUGAGGUGAAGGGCUUUCAGUUGGAAUACCUCGCCAAAGUACCUGAAGUGAAGGAUACGGUUCACAAGCACUCAUUGCUUCAUCACCUUUGCCACAUGGUGAUGGAGAAGUUUCCGGAUUCCACGGAUCUCUAUUCGGAGAUCGGUGCUGUGACAAGAGCCUCGAAGAUCGAUUUCGACGAGCUUGCGUCCAACAUAAGUAAACUCGAGAGCGAGUGCAAGGCAUCUUGGGACCACCUCAAACUCAUCGCGAAACAUGACGGGUCUACAAUGAUGAAAGUCAAGAUGUCGGACUUCCUGGCAGACUGCGCGGAAAGAAUAAUCGUUCUGGGCAUCGUGCACAGGCGGAUCAUAAAUCGAUUUCACAAGUUCGUCCUGUGGCUGGGCAUCCCCUUGCACAGGGUGCAGGAUACCAAGCCAAACGAGUUCUGUCGGAUCGUGUCCGAAUUCGCCCUCGAGUACAGAACAACCCGUGAACGAGUGAUACAGCAGCUGGAGAAAAAAGCGAAUCACCGAGAACGAAAUAAGACCAGAGGAAAAAUGAUCACAGAGGUUGGUAAAUUCAGGACGAAAGAGGAUCGCGCGGACGCAGAGCUCAGACAACUACUCGGAAGCGAUAUCUCCGAUGUCGAGAGUAUUCACGGCACCUUACCCUGGAGGAGACAGAGGAAAGACGGUCGCACUUCCCUGGGUCCGUUGCUUCGCGACGAGAACACCAAUGGAAACUUGACCGACGGCGACGACGAGUUGCUGGAAUCGCUGGUGAAAACCGCGACGAAGACGCCGGCGACGAGGACGACGCCCAGAGAACGCAAGAGGACCAGACACGCCGAUCGUAAGUCUUUGCGUAGAACGCUGAAGAACGGCCUCUCGGAAGAGGAGAAGAAACACAUCGCCGCCUACAUCAAGGGCUACUGACUGUGAUAAAAAUCGAACCCUGAGAUUCGUCCACGAGAAAAGAGGAAACAGAUCAUCGAGCCUUCGGACGUUAACGACACGGCCAGAAUGUUGCGAUUUCAUCAAGGUGCCACCUACUUCAUGUAAGAAGAACAACGGAAUCGCAAACACACACCAAGGUUAUACGUCAAUAGAAUUAUAUAUAUACAUAUAUAUAUAUAUAUAGAUUUACACACACAUAUAUAUAUAUUUCGAUCGAACUUUAUGUAUAUCGAAAGACGUCGGUUUUAUCAGGUUUGUCAACGACAAAAAUCGAGGCCUUCGAUUCUAUUUUUCGAAUUCAUUGCGCGCUGUCGUUCGUUCUUUUUAACUUGUUGAAUGCGUCCACAAACAACUUGUUCAGGUUGUUUCGAGGGUGCGUUUUUGAGUGAAAAAUUGGUUUUUUAUGGUGUAUUUGUAUUUUAUUGAGGAUGAGUAGUGAAGUGAAAGUUGUAUUGGGAGAUUAAUUAUUUUAGCUUUGUGUGAAAUGUGUGGAGUAUUGCACACAUGAGGGUUUGAAGGGAUACUGAUGCAGUUCUAUGUUUGAAAUUUUUUAGUAUUGUGCAAGGUAUUUGAAGUCCAAGAGUCCCUUUCCAAAUUUUGUUAUUUAGAAAUUACUGAAUUAUCCAGUCUCCAUGUUUCUAAAUUUCCAACUUCCUCAGUC